GUUUGAUAAAGAAUACCAUUGAACCAUUCAGUAGUUGUUAAGUAGUCAUUACCUGUGUUCGAAAAUAUUAUUAUUCUAUAAGUGUGAGUGCUUACUGAAACGGAAUGAUAAUUAUUAUCUAGUCAAUUUUUAAUGAACGGAGAGGGAAAAAUUUUUUAUAAAAUUGUUGUCUUUUUGUUUAUAUAAACAAAAUAAUUCGUUAUAAUUAUGAAAUUAAAAUUUUAAUCUCCAUAAAUAUAAUAUAAACAUGCCAUCCUUCAGGCAGAAAUUCUCUGGAUUUUUCAGACAAUUCUCUGCGCCAUCUGAGUCCAGAAAUGACGAAAAUUCUUCAAAUCGUUUCAUUAAAAAAUACUUAAGCGGCCAUGGUAUUCAAAAGUAUGAACCUGUUAUAUUGCAUGGGAGAACGCCACAAGAAGUGCCACCCCAGCAAUUAGGUACCAUUAAAAACUUUGAUGUGAUAUCAUCGUUGACUGGACCUCAUGGUGGUCUUGUAUCUGUCAAUCAAACUGAAAAACAUUUGUCAGCAAGUGAUCCAGAAAUUAAUUUUAUUGAUAAUCUUGAAGAGGAAUGUGAUAAUGGAGAAAAAAAAGUUUGUACAUCAGAUAGUGGACAAAAGAAAGUUGGUGCAUCAGCUAUGACUGAUGAAACUUUGAUUUCCGAGUCCAAACCUAAUAUUUUAAAAAAGCUCAGACAUCCAUUAGUAGCUGGUGUUGAAAAUUGGAAUGUCUCAGAUAUAAAUGCAUAUGGCGCAAGUUGUUCUUUAUAUGAAAUGCAUCCUAUAACACAUCGUCACACUGGUGAUCCAAUUGCUGAUUGUUUUGCAAUUGUUGCCAGAGUAAAUUCUGCAAUUAUGGUAUUAGCUGAUGGCGUUAAUUGGGGUGUCAAGUCAAGAACAGCAGCUAGGUCUGCUGUUCAUGGUUGUGUGGAAUAUUUAAACAAAACAUUAUUUCCAAUAAAUAAAGAAGUGCCGAAGAACACUACAGAUGUACUUAUUACAUUACUGAGAUCAUUUCACGCUGCCCAUAAUAUGAUAUUACAAGAAGAAGGGACUUUGACUACACUUACAGCAAUCGUAGUACUUCCGUCUACAGUUGAUAAUCAUUAUGUAGCUUGUUGUUGUAAUGUUGGUGAUAGUUUGGGUUACGUGUACAGCCCGAAGUAUGGUGUUAGAGAACUCACUCAAGGCUCACAUGAUAUUCAUAGAAUGAGAGACAUGAGGGAUGUUAUGGGAGCAUUAGGUCCCGUGGAUGGGCAUAAUCCAGAACUGUCAAAUUUAACAUUGUCCAUAACACAGGUUGAUUUAGAUGACAUUGUUUUUAUUACUUCAGAUGGUGUAUCAGACAAUUUAGAUCCUGUUGUUGGGCAUUUUACUGGACUUCCCAACGUAGAAGCCUAUCAGAGACACAAGCUUUCUCUUCUCAGAACUGAAGAUUUAAUUCGUAAUGGAGUAUCUGGCAAAGGACCAGCUGUAGAUACAGCCAAAGACUUAGUGACAUUAUUAUUAGAUUUUGUGACCAGAUUAACUGCAGCUAAACGUCGUAUAUUAGAAGAUAUGGAAAUAUAUGCAGAUGCUAACGGAAAACCCUUAGCACAGGGAGAAGUCAAACAAAGACGAAAAGAGAUUAUUAGAAAAAUGUUUGGUGUACCAGGUAAAUUAGAUCAUGCUACAGUAGUUGCCUACAAAGUAUGUUCAGGAAAGAGGAAUUAAUUAAAAAAUGUUACACGUCUACAUUUUUUUAUUGUUGAUUUUUUGUUUAUUUUGUUCAUUUUUAUGU